AUGGCGCCCUACGACAGCGACUCCUCAGGCGACGACUCGGACGGCGAGUACACCGAGACCAACGUCCUCCUAGGCUACGCCUCCAAAGAGCCCACCGACGACCCCGUCAGCCAGCUCGGCGGCUACCCUACCUGGCUCGACGCCACCACCCCUCCCUCCCUCGCCCUCGCCAAAUGCGCAACCUGCUCCGCCCCACCCACCCUCCUCCUCCAACUCGACGCCAACCUGCCCACGCACUUCCCGGGCCACGACCGCCGCCUCUACAUCUUCGCCUGCCGCCGCAAGGCCUGCCGCCGCAAACCCGGCUCCGUGCGCGCCCUGCGCGCUACCCGCGUCACCAAGGCCGCUGUCGAGGCCGAGCUGAAGAGGUCUGCCGACGAGGAGGCCAGGAAGGCUGCUGAGCGCGCUGAGGAGGAGGAGCGAAAGAAUAAGCCCAUCGAAAAAGGCCUCGGUGAGGCGCUGUUUGGCGUUGGCGCUGCUGCUGCGGGCGCGAAUCCCUUCGCUGCGAAUCCGUUUGCUGGCAGCGGCGCGGCUGCGAACGCAAACCCCUUCGCCAGCGCGAGCAGCCUGGCCGCGAAGCCCGCGCAGGCGUCCGCUCCCGCUCCCACAGCUGAGGCUGCAGCAGCAAGCGACAGCACGUCCGCCCUCCCCGCCACCUUCGCCGCCAAAGCCCGCAUCGGCGCCACCACCCCCACAACCAGCACAACGCCCACCGCACCCACACCUCCCCACGAGCCCUGGCCCCCGACCUCCGCCCUCCCGCCCCCCUACCCCUCCUACCACCUCGACGCCGACUACGAAACCCUCAGCACCGAAGCCCCCAGCAUACCACAGAACACACGGCUGGACCCUGACGCCGCGGAGCCGACCCCCGCCGGCGGCAGCAGCGGCGCAGGCAAAGAAGACAAAGAAGCCUUCGAAUCCACGCUCGACAAGGCCUUCCAGCGCUUCGCGGACCGCCUCGCCCAGAACCCGGACCAGGUCCUGCGGUACGAGUUCCGGGGGCACCCGCUGCUGUACUCGCGGGACGACGCGGUGGGCAAGGCCCUCACACCUUCAUCCCACCCCCAACACAGCGACGCGAAGGUCCGCACUACCGCCGCGAGUGUGCAGGGGAUCCCCCGCUGCGCAAACUGCAACGCCAACCGCGUGUUUGAGCUCCAGCUUUGUCCGCAGGCCAUUGCGGAGCUCGAGGCCGAGGAGCUGGGCCUCGAGGGCAUGGAGUGGGGGACGCUGAUUGUGGGCGUUUGUGAGCGCGAUUGCGCCGCCCCUGGCGUGAGGGACGGGGAGGUCGGCUAUGUGGAGGAGUGGGUGGGCGUGCAGUGGGAGGAGGUUGGGGGGAGGAGGUAG